AGAGAGAGAGAGAGAAACGUUAGAACAGGUGAGCCGACUUCCAUUUCAGUCCGCCAACGUUGAUGUUUCCGAAGCUCUCUUAUGCAGUGACGUACAUUUCGAGCUAAACCUCCCUUUCACCAUUAUAACUCCAAGCUCAAGAAACCUCUUUCCCAAGUAAAACCUAGUUCUCACAAUGGAUCCAUGUCCAUUUGUUCGUCUAAUCGUCGAAUCUCUCGCUCUAAAACUCCCUUUGGCCACCAAACCAGCCGGUUCUGGUGUCCACCCAUCAACGACACCUUGUUUCUGUAAAUUACGCAUCAAGAAUUUCCCUUCCCAAACCGCCCUCGUCCCUCUCUGUUCUACUGCUAAUGACUAUCCUCCUGAAACCUCCACCUCCGCCAACGGCUUCCACCUUGAUGCUAACACUAUUCGCCGUCUCUCUGGUAAGCCAAUCACACUCCGUGUGGAAGUGUUCACUGGCCGGAUGGGACGCACCUGCGGGGUCAACGGCGGGAAGUUACUGGGUCAGGUCCAGGUCAGUGUGGAUUUGAGGAAUGUUCAAUCCAACCCAAGAGUGUUUCAAAAUGGAUGGUUAAAGCUGGGGAACCAGCCAGAUAAACCAGCGGCGCGACUCCAUCUAGUAGUCCGGGCUGAACCAGACCCACGAUUUGUUUUUCAGUUUGAUGGCGAACCUGAGUGUAGCCCUGUGGUUUUUCAGAUACAAGGGAAUAUUCGUCAACCCGUUUUCAGUUGCAAGUUCAGUGCAGACAGGAACUCAAGAACCCGAUCUCUUCCAUCAGAUUUCACUGUCGUCCACAAUAACAGGGGAUGGAGGAGAACCUUUUCUGGCGAGAAAGAGCAUGGAGGAAGGGAGCGAAAGGGAUGGAUGAUUAUGAUAUAUGAUCUCUCUGGUUCCCCAGUUGCUGUUGCCUCUAUGAUCACACCGUUUGUCCCAUCUCCAGGCACAGACCGUGUUUCUCGAUCAAACCCUGGUGCAUGGCUAAUUCUCCGCCCUCAUGGCUUCUCUGUCAGCAAUUGGAAACCAUGGGGUCGCCUAGAGGCAUGGAGAGAGAGAGGUCCUGUUGAUGGCCUUGGUUAUAAGUUUGAACUCGUAACUGACAAUGGUGGCCCUAGCAGAGGCAUCCCUAUUGCUGAAGCCACAAUGAAUAUGAAAAAAGGUGGCCAAUUUUGCAUUGAUAGUAGGAUAAUAAGGGAUUCUGGAUUGAGAUCAAGAUCACCCGUCAAAGGUUUUGUGAUGGGUUCAACCGUGGAAGGAGAAGGAAAGAUCAGCAAACCUGUGGUACAAGUAGGGGUACAGCAUGUCACUUGCAUGGCUGAUGCUGCCCUAUUUAUAGCUCUUUCAGCUGCUAUUGAUCUGAGCAUGGACGCUUGUCGCCUCUUCUCUCACAAGCUUAGAAAGGAGCUUUGCCAUGACGAGCAAGAUUCCUUCUCUUAGAGCUUUUAUAUCCUCUGCAGUGAUAACCAAACUGUUGGUUUGAGCAAACAAAGACUAAAAUUUGCCUAUUCUUUCAUUUCCUGAAGAAAUUCUAUAAAAUUUUCUCAUGGUAGGAGCGUGGAUCUGAUCUGAUCUUAUCUGGUUUUUGGAAGUAGGCAGUUGGAAUUCACAAUUUCUUGUCGGUUUUGAUCGGUUUUUGUCGCAUACAUACAUUGUAUUUGUGGUAGAGGAGGGGUUCUAUUUAUUACAUAACUACACCCAACAGAUUGAAACUGUACAGAGACGAGAGAAAAAGGCAAUUGUUUGUUCAUAUUUCUUCCUCUUCUCUCCUUUUUUCGGUGUACCAUAUAUUUUCUUUGUAUAAUAACAGAGUUUUCGGAUUGUUAAACACUAUUAUAUCUGUCGUUAUAUAUGCAUACUUAUCAGGCUUCAA